AUGUCGAGUUCGUACAGAAACAGGAUUCAGGAAUUCAAUGUGGCCUUAAGCGAGGAGAAGAUUAACUUAAAGGCACUUCGUGAGCUGUGCUUCAGCGGAAUUCCCUUUGAAGGAGGAAUUCGGGCUCUGUGCUGGAAGAUUCUGCUCAACUAUCUGCCUCUGGAGCAGUCAUUAUGGGACUCCUUCCUGAAGAAACAGAGGGAGCUGUACGCUCAGUUCCUGAAAGAGAUGAUCAUCCAGCCCGGCAUUGCCAAGGCGAACCUGGGCCUCUCCAGGGAGGAUGUGACGUUGGAGGACCAUCCCCUGAAUCCAAACCCCGAGAGCAGGUGGAACAACUACUUCAAGGACAAUGAGGUGUUGCUGCAGAUCGACAAAGACGUCAGGCGCCUGUACCCGGACAUGGCCUUCUUCCAGAGGCCCACGGAUUACCCCUGCCUGCUCAUCCUGGACCCCCAGAACGAGUACGAGACGCUGCGGCGGCGCGUGGAGCAGACCACGCUCAAAGCCCAGACCGUCGACCGCAACCGGAGCGGAGUGACCAACGUGAGCUCCCCGGGAAAGGCACAGAACCUGUACCCCUCCAAUGAGUACGAGGUGCUGCCCAACGGCUGUGAGGCCCACUGGGAGGUGGUGGAGAGGAUCCUCUUCAUCUAUGCCAAGCUCAACCCGGGCAUCGCCUAUGUCCAGGGCAUGAACGAGAUUGUGGGCCCCAUCUACUACACAUUUGCCACGGACCCCAACAGUGAUUGGAAAGAACACGCAGAGGCAGACACCUUCUUCUGCUUCACCAACCUGAUGUCAGAGAACAGGGACAACUUCAUCAAAAGCCUGGAUGACUCCCAGUGUGGGAUCACCUACAAAAUGGAGAGCGUCUUCUCCACCCUCAAGGAGAGGGACAUGGAACUCUACCUCAAACUGCAAGAGCAGAACAUCAAGCCGCAGUACUUCACCUUCCGGUGGCUGACCCUCCUCCUGUCCCAGGAGUUCCUCCUGCCGGACGUCAUCCGCAUCUGGGACACUCUGUUCUCCGACAAGGACCGCUUCGACUUCCUCAUCCUGGUGUGCUGCGCCAUGUUGAUACUGAUCCGGGACCAGCUGCUGGCUGGGGACUUUACAGUGAACAUGAGGUUGCUGCAGGAUUACCCCAUCUCAGACGUGCACACCAUCCUGAAGAAGGCCAAGGAGCUGCAGGACGGAGCGUAGCCACCGCCCAGCUCCGCCCCUGUCACCUCUGACCCCGCACCGGCACAGCACUCUGGGAACCCGCAAACUGGCAGCGUGGAUAACAGCAGCAGCGGCAGUGUCUCUGUGAGCCUGAGGCCAGAGGACGCCACACUGCACUGCAUUGUGGGGGGAAAAAAAAAAUAACUGUGUCCACAGGCUUCCUCUCUCGGCAUUGUCGACCCCCCCUACCCUGCAGACGGUAUUCUGUUUCAAGCCAUUUAUUUUUGCACUGAAGACUGGAAAACCAAAAGAAAGAAAGAAAAAAAAA